AUGGCACGCCCACGAGCGGCCUCGGGCGCGGAUGCCUCGAAGGAACCUCAUGCGGUCUCUCUUAAAGUCCUACGUCUCUCGCGACCUUCGCUGUCUUAUCAAUCCCCUCUCCCCGCGGCCAACACGAAGAUAUCACCAAAGGCCUCUUUAAGCCACCCAUCCACAGAAUCCGAUCCUCAAUUCAUCCUCACCCCUAAUCUCACUCUUCCCCCAGCAUUCGGAUCAGUCUACGUCGGAGAAACCUUUGCCUGCACCCUCAGCGCAAACAAUGAAAUUGCCAGCGAAGAGACAGGACGAGCCGUGACAUCGGUGCGAAUCGUGGCGGAAAUGCAAACCCCUUCCUCCGUCGCAACUCUGGAACUCGACCCCGCUGGUGACGCGGCCCAGACGGACGGACUCCAGACUGGCGAGUCCCUCCAAAAGAUCGUGAGGUACGAUCUCAAGGAGGAAGGAAACCAUAUCCUAGCUGUUAGCGUCAGCUAUUCGGAGACUAGACUCGGCCAGGAUUCUCAGGCGGCUAGCAACAGAGUCCGGACCUUCCGCAAGCUGUACCAGUUCGUCGCGCAGCCGUGUCUCAGUGUACGAACCAAGGCAUCCGAACUUCCUCCGUUGGAGGUAGAUAACAAGUCGCUGGGCCCUUAUGGGAAAACGCGUUUACUCCGCUUUGCCCUGGAGGCGCAGCUAGAAAACGUGGGAGAUGGCGCGGUCGUGGUCAAGCAAACAAGGUUGAAUCCCAAAGCACCGUUCAAAUCCCAAUCGCUUAAUUGGGACACAACUGAAAACGAGUCCACACCACCAACCCUAAGCCCGCGCGACGUGUUACAGGUUGCAUUCUUAGUGGAACAAGAAGAAGGUCGACAGGAGGGCCUCGAAAGUCUACAAAAAGAUCUGAAGCAGGACGGCCGCGCCACUCUGGGCCAAUUAUCGAUUGAGUGGCGCGGUGCCAUGGGCGACAAGGGGUUCCUCACAACGGGCAAUCUGAUGAGCAGAAAACGCACCUGA